GAGUGAUAUUCACAACGAAAGCGGUGAUGUUUCAGAGGCAAGUGAUACUGCUGUGAACUGAUUGAAACCGCUACGGACGCGUGACAAGAAUUUAGUUAAUUUUGGACCUUUAUCGAAUUCACCCAUGUCGCUGCUGAGCUCUAUAGACUUGAACGUUUUGAAUGAAUCGACCUCGUUAUCAUUCAGGACCAUAUGUUGAGAAAGCCGAGCGGAGAGAAAAGAAACGACAGUUUCGGAGGCUGUCUGGACCCGGAGGACGAAGCUGCUAGCUAAUAGUAACUCCCAGCUGUGGUGCCAAGAGGGAUAUACACACUCAAAGUGCCAUAGCCAACAAACAGGACACGGGACAAAGGAUAAUCUUGCCGAGGAUAACGUUGUCAAUCUGCUGGCGUCGUGAAGAAGACAAGUUAGUUGGCUUGGUGCGAAGAUAUUAACACCUGACCACGGCUACGUUGGCCAAUACUGUCACCUUAAAAUAGAAAGGAAAACAAAACAAGCGUCCAGCCGCCGUCCAGUGUUUUGAGGAUGAACCACUUAUCCCUCAGCGAGCUAUGUUGCCUGUUCUGUUGUCCACCGUGCCCCAGCAAGAUCGCCUCCAAGCUGGCCUUCUUGCCCCCAGAGCCCACCUACAGCCUCAUGUCUGAUGACAGUGGCAGCCGAUGGACGCUGCACCUCUCUGAACGCGCCGACUGGCAGUACUCGUCCCGUGAGAAGGACGCUAUCGAGUGUUUCAUGACACGCACCUCAAGAGGGAACCGCAUCGCCUGCAUGUUCGUCCGCUGCUCACCCAGCGCCCGGUACACUCUAUUAUUCUCCCACGGAAAUGCAGUGGACUUGGGUCAGAUGAGCAGCUUCUACAUUGGCCUGGGUUCACGGAUCAACUGCAACGUCUUCUCCUACGACUACUCGGGUUACGGGGCAAGUUCUGGGAAACCUUCAGAGAAGAACCUGUACGCUGAUGUAGAUGCCGCCUGGCAGGCACUCCGGUCACGGUAUGGCAUCCGGCCAGAGAGCGUGAUCGUGUACGGCCAGAGCAUUGGCACCGUGCCCUCCGUGGACCUGGCUUCUCGCUAUGAGAGCGCCGCAGUCAUCCUCCACUCCCCGCUCACCUCUGGCAUGAGAGUGGCCUUCCCCGACACCAAGAAGACCUACUGCUUCGACGCCUUCCCAAACAUCGACAAGAUUUCCAAGGUAACAUCACCGGUGCUGGUGAUCCACGGUACAGAGGACGAGGUCAUCGACUUCUCCCACGGCCUGGCGCUGUAUGAACGCUGUCAGCGCCCCGUGGAGCCGCUCUGGGUGGAGGGGGCAGGACACAAUGACGUGGAGCUCUACGGACAAUACCUGGAGAGACUCAAACAGUUUGUUGCACACGAGCUGGUCAACUUGUAGAAGAGAGAGCUGGGGGAAAAAAGGGUGGAGAGGGAAGGAGAGAAGAAAGCAGUGGUUUUCAGUAGAGGUUGGAUGAUGAAGGGGUACAACUUUUUUUUUUUUUUGUGAAGUGAUGCAGGUGGAAGUGGUGUUUGUCUGUGUAGUACUGAGGUUUCGGUGGCAGUCUUCUCUCAUCAUCAAGCGCCUCUCCCCCUCGGAGCUCCAGUUUGCCUGUCAGUACCAUCCACUCCACAUGCUGCAGCUGUGAACUUACACGUACCCAUCGUUUUGUUUUGCUUUUAGGUUUUAUUUUUAUUACGUUGAAAAUUGCACAUCAUGAAAGUGCGUGAAUGAAUGAGGACGUAGGCAUGUGCGCAUAUAACACACCAUGUGUACAUGCAGUAUAUGAGAGAGUGUGUGUGUGUGUGUGUGUGUGUGUGUGUGUGUGUGUGUGUGUGUGUGUGUGUGUCACAUUUUUAAUGCCUUUUGAGAAAGACAUGGUCCACUGUUCUUAACGGAGAGGUUCCUGAGGCUUUGAGGUUUUGAGAAACAGCCUUGCUACAAACUGAACUGGACCAGAAGUGGACCAGACUCUCUCCAGUCCAGCUGAACUCCAUCUGACUGUGAGGUCAGAGUCGACCCUACACUCUACAGUCACCAUGAAUUUCUUUUUUUUUCCUUUUCUUUGGAGUACUGUUUAUUAUAUUUUUUUAUAUUAUACAUGAUAUUUGCACGUAUCAGCUGUCACUGAAGAACUGUACACGACAAACUGACGUUAACUAGCUGUGCCAGUGUUGCCAAAUGUUUAGUAUAAUAUAUAGCAGGGGUUGGACACACAAAGAACUCUGUUCAGAAACCAUCUAGAAACCUCUCCAAAGCUCUGUUAGCUGUAUUCAGUCUCUACUUCUCAGUUUAAUCUGAAAAUGGUACAAUUUGAUGUUACACGCCACAGGAGAAUGACGCAAGAUGGGGCGUAGUCAGUCAGCAGCUCAUUUACCCAGUGAAAAGGCUGCAGCUGUGUAUCGUUGACCAAUGAGUGUGGGUUAUUUCGUCACACUCAAAAUGUCCCCACGCUUCUUACUUGAAGGUAAACUCGGAAGUAUUGUUGCUAUAAGAUCAGUAUCAGUACGCUGUAGUCGAUGAGCUGGAUGCUUUUAGAAAAAUGCAAUGCUGGACGGUUUUGUGGACAAAAUAUCUACCCUUUUUUUUUUUUUUUUUUUCCCUUGGAAUUAAGUAUUCUCCUUGAUAUAGUAACUAUAAUGAAACCCAGUGUUGAGAAUCUUUGGGUGUGAAGAUACCAAGUUAAAGGUGCAGUCAGUGAUUCUAGUCCAAUGCGCUUUUUCUCAAAUUCAGCAAAUAUCUCUUCACAGUGCACCACCUGUGUGUUCUGUGUGUGUGCGCUGAAAAAACUAGUGUUCAUACACUGGCUCUCAAGUGGGGAAACAAACCAAGCUACAGAACACUAUUCCAGCCAAUCAGCAACAAGGAGUAUUUAUGCUCAUGGAUUUAUAAAGAGAAAAGGCGUGGUCACACAUGAGCAAAUGCAGGCCUGCUGAGAUAAAAUGCAUGCUGAAUGCGGGCGGGGGCCUGACAUGACUGAUAUAGCGAGCUAGCUGGCUAGCUACUGUUAGCUAGCUUGCUAAUAGAUACUGCAAAAUAUGAUGUUAUUGGUCCAUUUUCCUUUUUCUUAUGUUUCAUGCCUGUCUCCUGUCUCACUGCCAGCCAGGCAGCAUCUCUCAUAUGGGGCAGUUUAUAUUUGUCAUGGCCAAUAUCACACAAUAUUGGCUGGUUAGACAUGGCAACAGUCACUGUCUCAUCACACAUACUACUUUGCUAUUGAUUAAGGCUCUGAUUUUCCUGGUUAAAAUUCACCAAGUCGAACUUCACGCAAUGCGAAAAUGUGAAUUUGCUUUGCUGCUGGAAACAAAUGUUUCAUUUGCCCCUUUGCUAGCUCUGACUGGAGGUGAACCAGUGGCGAAUAUUCACCAGUAUUAAUUUUGCUCAUGUGUGACCGUGCUCAAAAGGCAGUGGAAGCGACAGGGAAGCUUCUGAAGAAACACUGAUGGGAGGGGUGUAUUUGUUUGGGUGUUCAAAUAUCAGCAGACCUUCACCGGAAUCACUGACUCCACCUUAUUGUGUGUAGUUAUUGCAGAUCUUGCUUAUGUACCUAAAUCAGAUCUUUCUAGAUGUGUCUUUUUAUAUGAGAAUAUAAUGACUGUGACAGCAGCUAACGGUCUGUGCUCUGAUCAAGACUUAUACCACUAAUGCCAAUCAGGACUGAAUGGUGAACGUUAUUAACACAGCCGGUGUGGAUUCCUCUUCAGUUCAGGAAGCUGUUAAAAAUGAAAAUGUGUUUUAAGUUAUUGAGAAACAUUAUUCCAUUCCAUUCAAGCUGAAUCAUGAAUGGACGGUGGGUGUUAUCAGCGUACGUGGCUCAGCAUUAAAGGCCUCCAUCAUGGAUGGAAUGUUUUGUUCUUGUCUUAACUUUAUCUUUUUGUCUGCAUGGUAUUUCUGGAUCCGUUGUUGUCUGUCGAUUUGCCCUUUAAUGCUGAGUGAGGAGAAACAAAGCGUCAGCCAGCUGAUGACUCCAUCAAGGCACUGAAAAAAUGUCAAAGUGCUCCUGCAUGCCAUGAAUGGCUCGUUUCUCUUAUGUUUUUUUUGGUCUGUAUAACAACCUCAGAAUGACAUGAGAAAUCUCAAUGAAUAAUGUUGUUAUGGGUAUUUGUAAUACCUGUAUUACACUUGAGCCUGUGUUCACAAAAGGGGUCAAAUACUGUUGGUAAAUGACAAUUAACCAAUAAGCCAAUGGGUGCUACUGUAAACCUUCAGGUCUGAUUACUUACAGGUUGAGAGGAAGCAAAGAUUAAUCGCUUAAUUUUUUUUUUCUUUUUUUUUUUUUUUUUGAUUGACCAACAUCCA